CGGUAGAGACUUUGCGCCAGGGGCUUCCUCCUCGCCGGGGAACUGCUGGAGAGCGCAGACAAAACACAGGCGCUGGUGUAGGCUCCGCAGUAACACAUCUGCACUCACGAUGGCAUCGACAGAGGCUCUUAUUGGAUUAAAAGUUUCAAAACAAACCGUAACGCUUUGGAAAAAGGGUUGAAUGCCUGCCUGUACCCUCAGGCAUGACCAUGGAGAAAGGUGGGAACAUACAACUGGAGAUCCCUGACUUCAGCAACUCUGUCCUGAGUCAUCUAAACCAGCUGCGUAUGCAGGGCCGUCUCUGUGAUAUUGUGGUUAACGUACAAGGACAAGCUUUUCGGGCUCACAAGGUGGUGCUGGCUGCCAGCUCCCCAUAUUUCCGGGAUCACAUGUCCUUGAAUGAGAUGAGUACUGUCUCCAUUUCAGUCAUCAAGAACCCUUCUGUUUUUGAACAGCUCCUUUCUUUCUGUUACACGGGGCGGAUAUGCUUGCAGCUGGCCGAUAUCAUCAGCUACCUAACAGCUGCCAGUUUUCUGCAGAUGCAGCAUAUAAUAGACAAAUGUACACAGAUCCUGGAGGGCAUUCAUUUCAAAAUUAAUGUGGCUGAGGUUGAAGCAGAAUUAAGUCAAACAAGGACAAAGCAUCAAGAGAGACCUCCAGAGUCUCACAGGGUGACACCAAACCUCAACCGCUCCCUUAGCCCACGACAUAAUACCCCAAAGGGAAACUGGCGAGGUCAGGUUAGUGCCGUGCUGGAUAUUAGAGAGCUAAGUCCUCCCGAGGAGUCCACUAGCCCUCAGAUACUUGAACAGAGUUCUGAUGUAGAGAGCCGGGAGCCCAUUCUGCGGAUCAAUAGAGCAGGACAGUGGUAUGUGGAGACAGGAGUAGCAGACCGGGGGGGUCGGAGCGAUGAUGAAGUUAGGGUUCUUGGAGCAGUGCACAUCAAAACUGAAAAUCUGGAGGAGUGGCUUGGGCCUGAGAAUCAGCCUUCUGGAGAAGAUGGGAGUAGUGCAGAGGAAGUCACAGCCAUGGUGAUUGACACCACAGGCCAUGGUUCUGUGGGACAGGAAAAUUACACUUUAGGGCCUUCAGGAACCAAGGUGGCUUGGCCAACAAGCAGUGAAGUUGAUCGAUUUAGCCCCUCUGGCAGUGUUAUUCCCUUGACUGAGAGACACAGAGCCAGAAGUGAGUCUCCUGGGAGAAUGGAUGAGCCUAAGCAACCUAGCUCCCAGGUAGAAGAAUCGGCAAUGAUGGGAGUAAGUGGCUAUGUGGAGUAUCUACGAGAACAGGAAGUAUCUGAACGGUGGUUCCGGUACAACCCUCGUCUCACCUGCAUCUACUGCGCCAAAUCUUUCAACCAAAAGGGAAGCCUAGACCGCCAUAUGCGCCUGCAUAUGGGAAUCACACCAUUUGUCUGCCGCAUGUGUGGCAAGAAGUAUACCCGGAAGGAUCAGCUGGAGUAUCAUAUCCGCAAGCACACAGGCAACAAGCCCUUUCAUUGCCAUGUUUGUGGCAAAAGUUUCCCCUUCCAGGCCAUCUUAAAUCAGCACUUUCGCAAAAACCACCCUGGCUGUAUACCCCUGGAGGGGCCUCACAGCAUCUCUCCUGAAACAACUGUCACAUCUCGAGGGCAAGCUGAGGAAGAGUCACCUUCACAGGAAGAGACAGUUGUUCCUGGGGAAACUGCCCAGGGCUCUGUGUCCACCACCGGGCCAGAUUGA